GCGUGCGUGGAGCCUUCUCAGUCUGUUCUGGGGGCGUGUGUUUCACCGGCUUUUCAGAUAGUCUGAAACAAUGAAUAGUCAGACGAUGUAAAGCACGCACGUUGGGCUCGUUACUUUAGGACGUUUUUAGCAAAGAAAUUGUUUUUCCUUUUGCUCGCCGCUAUUCGAGUCUGUAUUUAUCAGGAACUAUCAAGUGGAUCUAUACACUUUAUGGCAACGAAGGAUUAGCAGUAAACUCAUUUUCUUCGACGAGUUUGAUAAAACGAGGUCGAGCACCGACUAGCCCCUCCUCGCUACUCACACAAGGCGUCAUUUUAUUUGUUCACGACUAGGCUAACAAUCUGUCGCCAAAGCCAAAGAAGGAAAGCAAUGGCUGCCUAUUCUGAUUAUUUUGCUGCCGAGUGUCUGGUGUCAAUAUCCAGCGGCCCCGUCCUGCAUAGACCCACCCCGGUCGUCCCCGCCACCCUGCCCGCCUCGGCGGGCCUGCUAACCCAUGAGCCAGAAGGGUCGAGCGAGGACAGGGAGGUGCGCGAGACGCUGAGACUCGAGGCCACCAACAUGAUGACGGUGGCCGGGAUCCUCACCGACCUCCACGGCAAGUUCCGCCCCAUGUCGGCCUACUCGGAGAGCAGCAACUCAUCCUGCGGGGAAAGCGGCUACACCACGUUGUCCGACUCGACCACCCCUACCAUGACCCCGUCGGCCACCCCGGUCCCCGGGCCCUGGGGAGGAGCUCCCCCCCGGUCCCCGGUCAAGCGACACCAAUGCACUUUCGACGGAUGCGACCGAGUUUAUGGGAAAUCGUCCCACUUGAAAGCACACAUCCGAACCCAUACAGGGGAGCGGCCAUUCCCGUGCACCUGGCCCGACUGCGAGAAAAAGUUUGCCCGCUCAGACGAGCUGGCCCGCCACACCCGCACGCACACAGGGGAGAAGCGCUUCCUCUGCCCACUCUGCGACAAGCGCUUCAUGCGCAGCGAUCACCUGAUCAAGCACGCCCGCCGCCACCCCGAUUUCAUGCCCUCCAUGUUGGGGCGAAACAAGGGGGCUGUCACCCCCUCCUCUUCCUCCCCUGCUCAAGGGCAGGGCAGUGCUUCGAGCCACACUCUCAUAUAGGCCAGUAACCAGUGCGGUGGGGGGGGGGGGGGGCUACGUGGGUCACAGCAGCACAAAUGGGGGUUUAAAGAAAGUUAACCAGCUACAAUCAGAUCAAUGGCUCUGACCUAGCAUGUACACGUGCACACGAGAGUAGCACUGACUCACCCUCACUGAAUUUAAGUGACCACUACAUGCCUACUUGACAGAAUCUCACUUUCUCAGAAGAACUAUAAAUGAAACAAAUAGAAAGACACACAAAAAAUUGCAGGGAUUCUGAACAUUUUCUGUGUAAAGCUGCACAUCACACACAUCAGCCAAAUUAUGUCCUACAAUUUAUUUUAUUAUGACAUUUUUUUCCCCCUUCCUGUAGUGUUCUCUACCUUUGAUUAGUAACCAUUUUGUGACGUUAGAUAGUCAGGCAAAGAAAAAAUGGAAGCUAACUAGCUUUCAUUUUCUUUUAAGCUUUGCUUAUUCCAUAGCCUACGUUUUUUUAGAAGUGUCACAUUCCAUGUUUGUUUUAACUGUAGCUGUUUCUUUUGAGUUGAAUUAUUAACUGCAACUGUAAAAGCCACGUCUUUAAAAUAUUUGUCCUGUUAAAAAGCCUUGGUUGAAGGGCAGAUCUCUUGGUCACUCUGCCGCAGGGUACUCUGUAGAACAGCCAUCGGCUCUGCCUCCUUGUAGAUCAACCUACCAUCUUGAAACGAUGACCCGUUAAACACAUGGUGGUAUUCUGCCUAACACUGAUGCAAAUUAAUUUACGCUUUACGUUUUUUAAUGUAGAUGAACAGUAAUGCUACUUGCCGCGAGUAACAUGUGAUUUAUUGUAGUCCUUACAUUAGGGUUUGAGUGUACGCUUUAUAGGAUGGCACUGCUUGCAAGUGUGUGUGUUUGUGUGUGUGCGUGUGUAUAUGUCCUAAUUCACAUUUCUGUAAGCAAAAGAACUGGGCAUGCAAAAAAAAGACUUGCAUUUCAUGUAAAACAAAGCUGGCACACUGGCAUCCCCCCCCCUGGCAUCGUGGAUGUGAAAGCAUGCAGCAGAAUGCAUUGCUGAAGCAGGCAGUGUCUUUCCUCUUCAUGUUGCAUUAACAGAAGGAUCACGCAUAAGGCAAAGAAAUAUAUCAUUUGGAAAUUGCCCACAUGAUAUUUUUAGGCUAAGGAUAUUGGGAUGUGAAAUUUCAGCACGGUCUGCAUCUAUUAAGAAUAGAAAAUAUAGUGCCGUGUGUACAUUUGAUUAAAACUAGAUUUUUUUUUUUCCCCUUGUAAUUGAUUUUGGACAUUCCCCAAAUAUAAUCAUCCACAUGUUUUUUUUGAAGGAGGAGGGGAAAUGCCUCUGGAGAAAAGCGGUUGAGUUUAUCAAGCAAACCUCUUGACUAAAUUAAGCAUAUGAAAGUACAUACUGUGUCUCGUCUGGUUCUGGCUACUGAGACGUUUUAUUUCGCCAUUGUCUCCACUGUGUGUACUGUGUGACUGACUCGUUAUUUCUUUAUCUCAGUGAACAACACUUCAGGAAUUUCGGAAAGCCUUAAAACUUCUUCAUAGCUACAAUGUACCAUGUUUACAGCUGCGGAUCAUGUUACAGGUAUCUGACCCCUCGUUAAGGGGGUUCAUUUACAAAUUCUCAUAUGCAAAAUCGCACUUUGUUUUCUCACAGGUGUUUUUAAAAUCCUAUUUCGGCUCACUAGUAUGAUGGCUUGCGUUGUUUCUAUGAGCAAACACUGUGGCGUUCUUUUGAUAAUGUAUAUCAAUAAUCAAUGGCUUAUAAAACUGCCUUUGUAAAAGUGCUUUAGAAGGUGUGGUAAAAAGAAAUGUGGGAAUUUUUGAUUUGAAUUGGGUUUGUUUCGUUCUUUGCUUGUAUUUAGUUAUUGGUGCCAACAGUGCAUCGUUAUUGUAGGUUGUGUGUGGCUAGACAUGUUUUUGCUACAUUUAUUUAGUGUUCCUGGACGACAUGUUUUUUCUACAGUAACAUUUAAUGGCCGACUGCUAAUGUCUUCCUUUUAUAUCCCAAAUCAAACAAAAGGCUUCAUUUAUUCAUUUUGCUGUAUGGUCUUUGUGAUUGAGUUAACGAGAUGUGUACUCAUUGAAAUUAAUUGCAAUGCGAGGGAAUGUUUUUUCUACACACAUGUUUUUCUUUCCAACUGUAAAAUCUGUUUAUAGUUCUUGGUCGCUGCUGGCAGUAACCUCGAGCACAUGGACUCUGUAGACACCGUCAGAAAACAAACAAAAAUUUAUAUAUCACUAUUUCCAUAUGUAUUCUUUACCAAAUGAAUCUAUUUCUGUAUAUCUGUUUUUAUUAUUUUGCAGAUAUGCUGUAUCUCCACAGAUUAAUUUGUGGAUCUUAAAGCUAUAUCAACAAUAAGGGUUUACCUCAUUCACAAAGUGGGGCCUUGUCUGGCAACACUCAGGAUUAUCAAUAGAAAAGAUUCCCUCCAGACUUGAUUUGACUUAAACUUAUUGAGACUUUGGUUUGAACGUUCAUUUUUCCUCUUAUCAAUUGAGUGAUCACUGUUUGACCAAUGUUUUAUAGCGUAUGCUUUUCUGUUUCAAGCUGUUUAUUUAAUAUUGAGUGAUUUCUUCAUUUCUUUUAUUUUGUGUGUCAUACACAUCCAUAAGCUGUCUCUCUUCUGGUAUAUCUGAACCUAUCAUCCAACCUCUUCUAGCUCCUCUGGGUACUCCAGCUUACUGGUCCCAAUUGCACAUUCAUUUUCUUGGCAGAUUUGUUGCAUUAGCUGCGUCUUUUAUAAGCAGGUGAAUUAUCGAGCUGUAGCAGGUUUACUCAAGGUACUUAUUUGUAAAUGACAGGUUGAUUUUGUUUCUUUAAACCUGCUUGAUGUUGAAGAAAUAUCAGUGAUAUUCUGAAGUUCAAAGUUUAAUCGAGGCUAAUAGGGCUCCAUCUAAGUACUUCAUUAAUGUUACUCUGUAUCAUUAAUGCAUCAAUUUAUAAUGUUAAAAUCUCAUCUUCAUUGACUGGCAUUUUAUUUUCAUUUUCCCAACUGUUAUUUUCUUGAUACACAAUUUCAGAUAUGCACAUUGUACAGAAUCCUUUUUUUAAAUUGAAGCCCUAAUAUUUACAUUAAAAGAAAAAAUAUUUGAAUUCUCUUAUCAAAGCUUUAGUUCUCUUCCAUACGAGGAACUGUGGAACUUAGUACUGAAACAUGCCGUCUGGAUGUGAAUAUUCGGGUGUCUUACAUUUCGAGGAUUGCAGUGUCAAUAUUACCGGUGCUGCACCGAUGUACAAGCAUGGCUUUCCUUUGUUUAUGCUGAUUAAUUUAUUACAUCGUCAUUUGUGUGGUUAAAUUAAUUGUUUUCAUAACUAAUUUUCGUGAACUAUUUUUAAAUGGUUCCUUUUGUUUGCUUGGAAUUAAACUACCAAUGCUU